GAGAGAAAUAAGGGGAGUGGAGCAGCAGUGCCGGAGCUCAUUCAGUCUGUCUCUCUGUCUGGAUCUGUAGACAAGUUACCCGCAGCGGCACUUUUAAACUCCGCAUGUGCGUAUAUAGACUCAGACGCCGCUUUAUAUUUGUGGAGUGUGAAUCCGUGUGAGAGGAAGAACAAGUAGUAGUAGAAAGAAGAGGACACUUCAAGUGUGGCUGCUUUCCGCUGUAAGAAGUAUUUUUUUAACUGAGGCAAAGACAGAGAAGAGAAAGGACUCAUGUUAUAAGUCAUCUAAGCAGUAUGGCUCUCAUCAUACACUCCUGCCUUCUUUGUUGCCAGAUGACCGUGUCAAGAGGUCAGGAUUUACUUCUGCUGUCUGGGAUUUUUUUAUUAUUUAACUGAGCAGGCACAUUUCUUUCCGUUGAGUUAAACAUGAACAAAAGCAUGCUUCCAAACGAAUCAUGCAAUAUCACCUGCAAUAACAGUCUCAGCGUUAACGGCCAUGGCAAGCCAGCAGUAAGCAUCAUCAUGUUUUUGGCCGGUGUGGUGGGAAACCUCCUGGCUCUCUUCAUCCUUGGGGUGCACCAAAAAGAGCAUCGAUCCAGGGCUUCGGUCUUCUGCAUCCUAGUGACUGGCUUGGCCCUCACAGACCUGCUGGGCACGUGCCUCCUCAGUCCAUCUGUUUUUAUCAGCUAUGCCCACAACAUGUCACUGAUACGUUUGGGAGGUGAGAGACUGUGCAAUGUCUUUGGCUUUGCCAUGAGUUUCUUCGGCCUGGCACCCACACUCAUCCUGUGCGCCAUGGCUGUCGAACGCUGUCUGGCCAUCAGUCACCCUUAUUUCUACUCUGUACACAUCCGCUGCAGCUUUGCCAAAUACACUCUUUUCUUUAUUUACUUAUUUUCUUUGGGCUUCUGCCUCCUGCCAUACACUGGAUAUGGCAAAUUCAGACAGUACUGUCCUGGGACAUGGUGCUUCAUCGACAUGGAUGCAACAGGGGAUGAACAUGCCAACUUGGUGCAGGCCUUCUCUCUGUCCUAUUCCUCUCUCAUGGCACUGCUCAUCCUGGCAGUGUUUGUGUGCAACGGUUCAGUGAUUGUCAGCCUUUGUCAGAUGCACCGGAACCAAUUGAUGCGUCGCGGCUCGGUUGGGUCAACGGGAAGGAGGAGGAAGCUGAGUCUUGCCUGGUUUGGGCAGGGGGAAGAGGAGAUGGACCACUUGGUGCUGCUGGCGCUCAUCACUGUCAUCUUUGUGGUCUGCUCCCUGCCACUCACUAUUGCGGGUUUCGUCAACGCCAUUCACCCAUUUUGUGACACAGAAAAUCUGACAGCCUUCCGGUUCUACGCCCUCAACCCCAUCGUAGAUCCCUGGGUUUUCAUCAUCUGCCGAAAGUCUGUGUUUCGCCACCUUUGCUCUCUGCUGAGCUGCCGCUUCAGCAGGAGCGCAGUGAAGACGACGGCACGAAGCGCUCUGUCUUUGCCACUUGAAAAUCACAUACAGCGAAACCCUCCAGAUAUGACGAUCCCACAGACCAACAUGUACUCCAGUUUAGCUCUGUGACCCAGCAGAAACCCUCAGCUGUGCAGGGUCGCUGGAUCCUGGGAGACUUCUGAUUAAUAUCUGACGAAACAAUGGAGCAAAAAAACUGUGGAAUGAAACUUGAACAUUUGCAUACAGGAUUCCUGCACUCAAACAUUUAAGGCACAAAGACAUUGAAAAGAAAGAAUCUGUCAAAUAAGUGGCUGUUACAGUUUCCUUAUGAACUAACUUUGGAGAAAAAAAUGACUGCACUAAAUAUUAAACUUCCACUGACUGAUGGAAACUGUUUGAAAGUUGCCAGGAGAGUUGUACCAUAAAACAAACAGCACUGUAACUUAGCACUAAAGAACACAUCAAAUCAUAUCAUGCCUAUGAAUAAUAUACUGUAAAAUCUAAAGCUAUAUGGCUAAACAAUAUGCAUGAACGUGUACUGCCUUUUUUUUCCAGCCUUUUCUUUAAGACACUGCCAGGUAACUCUUGUUAAUCAAUUGUCCACAUCUACAGUAUCUAUGGAUGAGAUGAAGUUCACACUCGCACACACAUGUAUUUGGGAGUUCACUGGUCAGAUGAUUCAUAGUUUUUCUCAACAAAUAUGUGUGUGCAAACCCAAAAGUUUAUGUUAUGCCAUAGGAGGAAUUUUACUGACAUGGUUUGGAUCCCCAUAGGGCUGUGGUUCUUAAACUGAGGGGCAGGCCCCUCUUGUGGUCAUGGAUGACCAAGGGAAAAAUUUGGAGUUAAAAAUAAUUCACGUAGAGAAAAACAAAAAAAAAAAACAUUUGCUGAUGAUGAUUCACAUGAAAUCAACCUUUUUUAGUAAUUACUUCCCCUAUCACUGUUAAUGAGUGAUACAAAUUGUGGUUUAGGAGGGUGUAAACCUUUUCUAGGCGUCUGGAGAAUAAGAGAAUAUCUUUGUGUUCAUCCCUCUGGUAGAGUUCAGACACUUGUAGAAUCAGUGCCAAGGCACACUGAAGCAGUUCUGGCUGUAUGUGGUGGUCCAAAAAACGACAACACCAAGACACUUUAUGAUGUUUUUUCCUUUAAUAUGUCACCUGUCCGUAUGGACUGUAGAUUUGAAUCUCAUGUUUUUGGGUGGUCAGUUCAAAAGGGAUCGACCUGUGGUCGAAAAUAUUUUAAAAAUAUAUAAAAUAGUCAGUUUAUUAUAAUAAAUUGGCUAAUGUGAAGUUAAAACCAAUCUUUUUUUUUUUUGUGGAAGUUUACGUCUUAUGUCAAUAAAUCAGAUCCAAUAAUCCAAGAGAUUUGAAGUUUCGGACCAAACCAGUCAAUCAGGUUUUAAAAACAACUUAAGUCUCAAACGGACUUAAUUCCUGUUCUCACUGUGUUGCUUGUACAUUUGAUACAUUUCAACCCUUCUUCUCAUUCUCACUGAUUUCUAAGCUAUUUAUGAUAAUUGUCUGUGAAUAGUCCUCUCCGUGUUUGGAAAUGUCUGCUGCUGCAAAAUUCACUGUGAGAAAUAAUCUUUUGUUGUUGUUGUGACUUUAAAGCUGUAACAGCAUUUAAAUCUAGCUUAUUUAUGCCUUUUACACUGUGUUUUAAUGUUGCAUGUCCUUGUCGUGUUGUGGUUCAGUUCGUACAGUUGAGUGCAGCCAUAUGAUGACAGAUUUGAGCUUUCUUUUUGGUAUUGUUGCACAUUCACUUUUCGCUCGCUAGUCUUUAAAUGCUCAGUCAUGCAUGACCUGGGGUAAGUCACGUUGCCAUUUGCACAUUUGGUCUUUGAGGGUAUAAGUAUUUGAGUAGUGCAUCCAUUAAAAUGAGUAAAAGAAUACAUUUUUAGAAAAAAAAAAUAGUAUUCAUUAUAUGGUACACAUUUUGUUCAUGUGAAAUAAAGUAUUAAUAAAAGAAAAAAAACUCUUU